AUGGCAUCCGCGGCAGAAUAUUCUGCUGUAGGGAUCUACACUCGGACAGUGGCUCGUAGUCCUGUCAUUAGAUGGAUAUUCAAUGCUCGUAUUCGCUCAUCGAAAUACGAAGAUGUCGUUUUCGUUGGCGAGGAUUUUGUUCAGGUGAAACAACUGUCGGGGAAUUGCAAUCUUAUUGACAUUACGAUCAAGCACGACUUCGAUGCUCGAAUUCGAGCAGCAUCAAUAUUGGAUGUCGACUCAGUAUCCCAAGAUAAAGCGCCUUUCGUUAAGCAGGAGCUGGAUUCAGCUGAUUGUCCCUUACACAUCCUGGUGUUGACACUAGACUCAAACGACCUCGUAUUCCUUCACGUCAAGGAGAAUGCAGACCAGUCAAAGCGAUUCAUCCACACGGCUCGAUCAAUCCCGGCUUUUGCAAGAACUAUCAUGCAGCCCGGAGCACAUCUAGCCAUCGAUCGCCGUUCACGAGCUGUUGCCAUAGCCGCGCUCGAGUGUGAACUGAUCUUGUACUCUAUCAAGCCGCGAGGAAUCCUUCGAGAGGAUCUUCAAAAACAUGAUGUCUGUGAUCCUAUCCUGACCGAGAAACCACUGGCGAUCAGUGGUGUCAUUCAGGCCAUUGACUUUCUGUUUUCGCCAAACGCUAACGACGAACAUGUCAUUCUAAUACUCUUGGUUGUUGAUGAACACCGGACCAAGGCUAUGUGGGUUGACUGGCAUGCUACGGCGGGACCUCAUCACGCUCAAGUGCAUCCGGGGCAGGUUCUCGAUCUGGAUCUAUCUCUACCACUAUUCUUAGUGCCAAUUGCAGAUACUGAUUUCCUCUUGGCAUCAGGAGAUAAGAUCACCCACUGGAAAAACUUACUCUCGGGUUUUGCUAUUAGCGAGACUCUUAACCUCACGACAGAAUCACCAGCAUAUCCUGGCAGCUCUGCCAACCUUCCACUGUGGACCAAUUGGUCUCGACCACAACAUUCCAACCGGUCCAAUCCAGGCAGUGACCGGAUCUAUAUGCUCAGAGAAGAUGGCUUGCUCUUUCUGGCUGAAUGUAGAGCAGCCGCGUUGCCAAGGCUGCUAUUCGUCGCCGAUCUUGGCCUCCACCAUGGCUAUGCGCUUGGAUCGCAUGAGAAUAGCCACGAUCGUGAUAUCAUCGUCGCUGGAGGCGAUAUGACCGCCGGCCUAGUGGCAUGUGUCGAACGACGCGAAAUGUCCCUCCAUGAUAUCACUGAUGGUAAUUUCGGUGCCGCCAUUGAGAUCACCGAGCAUGUGCAAAAUUGGGCAACAGUGACGGAUAUGGUCGCGACAGGCCAUCGUCGCACUGGGCAGGAGGAAGCGCGAUAUGCUGAAAGUCUCCUGGUGACCUCCGGCCGUAAUCCUUUCGGGUCUAUUACGGAGCUUCGAAAAGGCCUCGAAGCACGACUUCUUGCUUUCACGGAAAUGAACGAUCUGAAAACCUUCACGGACAUUUGGGCACUUCCUGACACCUCUGGGUCCAUCACUAUUGUUCUGUCAAGCCCCUCAGGAACAAAGUUUUUGGCCAUUGCGCCUGAUGAAAACUUAGAAGAGGUUGCCGAUUCUUCAGUGUACGAUACGGAGCACCGAACUUUCGCAAUUGAUCUUCUGCCGGAUGGGUGGGUUGCACAAGUCACGGCACAGAAGCUUUGCGUCUCGAACAAAUCAACUUCCGCGUCAUGGAAGCGCGAUAUAGUUGCUAACCAACAAGUUCUCAUUGCAGCCGCAUUCGAACGCCGAACGUCCGCUCUGAUUACUGUUAUACGCGGGCCAGAACAGUAUGAGGUCCGCUGCACAUGUUUAAAAUCCUUGUGGAAUGGUCAAUCUGAUCCAACAAGCUCCAUUACACUUGGAUUCGAGCCGAUUGGUGUCGUAGCGACCACAUUUGGCACAUCUCUAGUAACUUGCGUUUCUUCCGCAGAUGGGAAUAUUAUCGUAUUUGUAUUCGCGGACACGCUCGCGCAGCCCAUCAGCUACAGCGCUCAAAUACCGGCUUCUGAUGAUCAGGUAGACACUUGCGAUUCUCUUGCCGUUUUUCGACGGCCCCGGAGCAUGAACCAAGGGCCAGAACUACUCUUGGUGUGCGGACUGAGAGAUGGUCGAAUAGUCACAUUUAAUCUCGAGCCAGGCUCCAGCAGUGUUCUGUGUUACGCAGAAACCAUACAUCUCGGCUACAGCACGGUCAAAAUAUCCCCGGUUCCGUCCGACGAAACGACUGCCAUUGCCGUGAGCGGUCGCGUGUUGUGUCUCAUACGUUGGGACAGUAAUCACAGGCAAUUGCUCGUAACGGAGAAUAUAUGGAUUACUGAUAGAAAUCGACCGGAGUUUGCACAAAGUUCGAUUGUGGCUUGCGCUCAGGCUCCAUCGUCGGAGCAUACAGACUCUCAUCCAUACUCCGACACGCUGAUUAUGUUGUCUGACGACUCAUUGCUCAUUGCUACAAUCGAUCAGACCGUAAAGACUGUGCCGAGGCAAAUGCAACUGAUUGGGACCCCAUUCCGACUGCUAUAUGCAGAGAGUAUUCGCUCACUCGUUGUCGCCUCCCUUCGCUCCACCGUCGAUGACCGAAGGCGCACAAGGCAAGUCUGGCCAGUCCUCGAGUUCAUCCCAAGGAGAAGUCCAAACGUCAGCUAUUAUCAUGACAUGCAGCCUGGAGAAAUGAUCCGUACUAUAAUCGAAUGGCCCUAUCGCUUCGACGGCGACAAAAUGUACUCCCACAUUCUGGUCGGAGGUAGUUAUCAGAGACGGAAUGGAGGCCGUCGUGGAAGGAUCACGUUUCUGAAGCCGAUCAUUCGGAAUUGGAUCGUUGAAGGUGUCAAAAUCGCUCGCAAGAAUAUCUAUGACCACGAAGUGACAGCGCUUGCGAUGUUUGACUCGGUCACAUAUGUGGCAUGUGCUGGCACAAAGGUCUACCUCGAGCGUUUCGUCGACGAGACCCGGACGUGGGAUCGACUUUGCCCACCAUUUCAGUUGGCAAGUCCUGGUGUUUUCUUGUCUGUUGAGCCCCAUGCAGAUUCUGCCCCUAUAAUCGUGAUCACCACCUCCAUGGAUUCUGUCAUCAUGCUGCGAUUACAAAUAUGCGAGCCGGUUUUGGGAGAGUCGCCGACUUUUUCAUUGGAAUGCGUUGGCGUCGCACCUCAAGCGGAGAGCUCACUAAGUCAUCUCGCUAUCCCCACAUCAACGGCGGACGAGCUUGGCCUACGCAACGUGAAGAUAACGCUACUGAGUACCAAGUAUCGCAAGAUCGUGGGUCUUGCCUGUCCCAUCGGGUCCCCCUUCCACAAUGGUCGUAUAUUAUUCGAUGCGUAUUUACCGCAAUCUAUCACAAGAAUGAUAAGGUCUCCGCCAUCAGCACGCAAGGCGUUGCCACCAGGAGGAAUUGUUGGUGACAGGAUGGUCGGCUGUUCUGCUGAUGGCAGCAUCACAGGCCUCGUCAUUCUUCAAGCACAAAUCUGGAGCCGACUGUUCUGGCUUCAGCGUCUGUGCGAGUGGAGUGAUGAAUUGUCUCCGCAUUCGCAUCGCAGCCCCAGAUACAGUACCAGCACUGCAGACAAGGCCGGGCAGUCGGACAGACCGUUGCCGGCUAGUUUGAGCAAUCACAGCCAUCUCGCCAUGCUGCGCACGCCAACCAGCAAGCCUAGCGACAUGCAUAUAGACGGAGAUGUAAUUUCCCGAGUUUUGCGUCCAGGCGGAGCGGAAGCGAUUCGUCGAGUUAUCGAUGCUUUGUCCCUUGUGCCUGAUGCGAUUGGGCUUUGGUUGAGCCAGCACAAAGAGGAGGAGUUGGUUGCUAUCGACUCCCUGAUUCGGCUUGUGAGACAAUUCGAAGCCUGGAUCUGA